GGCGGGAGCCUGGCGACCGUGAAGAUGGCGGCGCCGAAGCGUAAGCUGUCGAGUCAAAAAGAUGCUGGACACAGGAAGGCGUCGAGCGGAUGCAGGCAGCUUUCGCAGGAGGCUGACAGGACAGGCAGCCAGUUCGUUGAGGGAGCUAUUGUCCGAAUUAAGAUGGAGAAUUUCCUAACUUAUGAUUCUUGUGAGAUCCUCCCUGGCGCCAAUUUGAACAUGAUUGUUGGUGCCAAUGGCACUGGAAAAUCCAGCAUAGUGUGUGCUAUUUGCCUGGGUCUGGCAGGAAAAACAUCCUUUAUUGGGAGAGGGGACAAGGUUGGUCUUUAUGUGAAACGAGGAUGUAGCAGAGGAUAUAUCGAACUUGAGCUUUACAGGCGGUCACAAAACCUUAAAAUUAGUCGAGAAAUUUCUGUUGUAAAUAACCAGUCAGUUUGGCAAAUAAAUGGAGAACAUGCAACCCAGAAAAUGGUUGAAGAACAGACUGCGGCUUUGAACAUUCAAGUAGGCAAUCUCUGCCAGUUUUUACCCCAGGAGAAAGUUGGAGAGUUUGCAAAAAUGUCAAAAAUCGAGCUUUUGGAAGCCACAGAAAAAUCAGUUGGGCCACCUGAGAUGUACAAAUUUCACAGUGAUUUAAAAAAUUAUCGAGAAAAGGAGAAAGAACUUGAGAACACGUGUAAAGAAAAGUCUGCUGCUUUGGAGAAAAUGAAACAGAGAAAUGAGCGAAGUGAGCAAGAUGUGCAGAGGUAUUAUGAACGACAAAGACAUUUGGAUAAAAUAAAGAUCCUAGAAAGAAAGAGACCUUGGGUGGAAUAUGAGGCUGCACGACAGGAGCAUGAAGAAGUAAAGCAUCUCCGUGACCAACUGAAACAAAAACUCAAAGCACUAAAAGAAGCUCAGACUCCAGUGACUAGAAGAAUUCAGGUUGUUGAAAGGCAGUGUAAGGAGCAGGAGACAAAAGUCAAGGACAAGAGUUCAGAAAUUAAGAAAAUCUCACAGGAGUGCAAACAAAAACAAGAUAUAUUGGAACGGAAAGACAAAGAGGUUGAAGAAGUUCAGCAAAAUUUAAGAAUGAAAAAAGAUGAGGAAAUUGACCGUCAAAAAAGAAUAAGCAACACAAAGAAAAUGAUUGAUGACCUGCAAAAUGAACUGAAUGCCACAAGGAAUUAUGACCAUGUGCAACCUGAGAUUGACCAAAUUAGCAGUGCCCUCAGGAAAGUCCAAGAAGAAAAGGGAGCCAUUGAUACUGAGAAGGGAGAGCUGCGAAGAGAGAAGGAAAAUUUAGAGAAAGACAAAAAGAAGGUAAUGGUUAAUAUCAAAAGACUUGAAGAUAUGAUGAAUUUUAAAGAAGCAAAACUUCGAGAUCGAUUUAGAGAUACAUACAAUGCUGUCCUGUGGUUAAGAGAGAACAAGAAUAAAUUCCGUGGACACAUCUACGAGCCAAUUAUGCUCGAGCUCAAUAUGAAGGAUUCAAGGAAUGCUAAGUAUAUUGAAAACCAUAUUUCACUGAAUGAUCUGAGGGCUUUUGUUUGUGUGAACAUGGAAGACAUGGACACAUUCCUUCGUGAGGUUCGUGAUAAACAGAAGCUAAAAGUGAAUGCGGUGUGUGCACCUUCUGUUUCAAUGGCAGGAAAGCCACCUACUAGGCCCAUUCAAGAACUUAAAAGUUACGGUUUUGUAUCCUAUUUGCGAGAGCUGAUUGAUGCACCCGAACCUGUAAUGAGCUAUCUUUGUGAACAUUACAAAGUUUAUGAUGUUCCUAUAGGAACAGCAAAGACUAGAUCGAUGAUUGAAAAGGUGAUAAAAGAAACUCAUCUGCGUCAGAUCUAUACAGGGGAAGAGCGAUACAGUGUAAAAAAAUCGGUAUACUCCAAUAAAGUUAUUUCAAGCAACACGUCAUUGAAAAAUGCACAGUUUCUCACUGUUCAAGUGGAUGUGGAGGAACGGAGGCGAUUGGAUGAUCAAGCAAAAGAAAUAACUACAAAGCUAAAUGCGCUGGAAUCCCGCCUUGCUGAAAUUUCUGAGACACACCGACGUCUCGAGUGGAAAGAUAAUGAAUUGAGGACAAAAAAGAAAGAACUUUUGGAGAUGAAAAGCAAGAGAAGGCAACUGGAACAGAAAAUCAGCACAAAGAAUGACAGUCUCAAGCAGAUGGAGAUGGAUACCAUCAAUCUUGAAGAGGAAGAACGAAAAGCUAAUACAAAGUUGAAAGCGAUCUAUACCCAAAAAGCCAAGCUGGUUUCAGAGUUAACACAGCUUAUUAAGACCUGCAUGAGGCUGAACAUGGAUAAAGUUGGCUUUGUUCUUGAAAACACAUUAUUAAGUUAUGAAAAGAAUCAGCUGGAAACAGAAUUUAAAGAAUCUACUGUGGAGCAAAAAAUGAAAGAGCAACAGUACAGAGAGCUGGAUGAAAAAAAGCACAAACUUUUGAAUAUGUGCAAGGAGCGUAUGAAAGCAGCCAGGCAGAUCUGUGACUUGGAUCCAAAUCAGAGUGACAUUCCUCCAGAACUGAUGACAGCAUUUCAGAGUCUUCCCAAUUCCCUGGAUGAAAUAGAUGCUUGCCUUAAUGAGGAAAAGUCAAGAGCAUCAUGUUUUACCGGCUUGAAUUUUUCAGUUGUGGAUGAAUACAAGCGGAGGAAGCAAGAAAUAGAAAAUUUAUCUGAUGAGCUAAAUAAAAAAAAGAGCGAAUUAGAAAAUUACAAGCUAAAUAUCUCACAGGUAAAAGAAAGAUGGCUAAAUCCCUUAAAGCAGCUAGUCGAACAAAUUAAUGAGAAAUUUAGUGAGUAUUUCCGCUCGAUGCAGUGUGCUGGUGAAGUUGACCUCCACACGGACAGUGAGGAGGAAUAUGACAAGUAUGGUAUCCGAAUUCGAGUGAAGUUUCGUAGCAGCACUCAGUUGCAUGAACUCACACAACAUCACCAGAGUGGUGGAGAGCGAAGCGUUUCUACAAUGCUCUAUCUGAUGGCUCUGCAGGAAUUAAACAGAUGCCCCUUUCGUGUUGUAGAUGAAAUAAAUCAGGGAAUGGAUCCCACCAAUGAAAGAAGGGUUUUUGAAAUGGUUGUGCGUGCUGCUUGCAAGGAAAACACCUCUCAGUAUUUCUUUAUUACGCCCAAGCUUUUGCAGAACCUCACAUAUGCUGACAACAUGACAGUUCUGUGUGUUUAUAAUGGGCCACACAUGCUGCCACCAGGCAAGUGGAAUCUGAAGGCUUUCCUCAGACGGCGGCGAAGAGUGCAGGUGCAUAACUGAGAAACAGUGGACAUUACCCUUUUCACAUCAAUCAUGUUCGCAGGCAAACAAGGUGCCUCAUUUGGUAACUCAGAGCCAUUUUCUAUAUGCAUUUACUUGUAAGUUUUGUCUUUUUAAAAUCUGCUUGUGUAUUUGGAGACGGGGUGGUGGAGGAGAUUUUGAGCAAGUCUAACUGCUGCUGUUUUUCAAAUGAGAGACAGCAGUAAGCAGUUAUCAGAUUGUUGAUGCCUAUUAUGACUCUGAAGAGUGUGUGUUUUGGGAAUUAUUUCUUUGACUGGAAUGCUUGUUACAUAAACAGAGAAAUUACAAAACAGUACUGUUGCAUGCUUUAAUGUAUACUUUUUGCCAGACAUCACUGCUACGUGCACAUCUACUGGUGAUCACUUGAUUUGAUCACUACAUUUGAUCCUGGUCAAUCUUGACCCUAACAUGACUAUUGUACAGAGUUGUAAAAAAUGGGAGCAGGUUUUUCUCUCAGUAAAGUUAGAUUACUCCCUUAAAGAUUGCUUGUUCAUGUUCCUGGAUAUGAGCACCUGCUUGUGACUUCAUUUUAUGAAGCAAAUUUCCAGUAAAAUGUUGCUGGGUGUCCAGUAUUGACUGAUAAAUUUAUUGUGACACUUGUAUCAGUGUGGAUUGAAGAUGUAUAAGGUAAUUCCCCCUUAGGAAAGCAAAAAUCUACUUUCUUCAAAUGCAUUUUGUUUUAAAGUUGUGCCUCCCAGUUAGAGAAUUAGUAGCCAAGAUGCUCUUGGGUAACAGAGCAGUUCCCUGUGAACAACAGUUAAGUAACUAAAAUGAAUCCACAUUAUAGUAUAGACAAAAGCAGUUCUACUGUCAAAUAUGAACUCUGCUGUACACAUAAUUCCUGAGCACUGUAGGAAAUAAUCCAUUGCAGAUUUAACCAGUGCUGAACUGGCAGUUUGGUAAAUUGUGUGCCUUGUACAUUAUUUUUAUAUAUAAGACUCACCCAAGUGUCCUGUCUGCUCCUGAAACCACCUGGUUAACUUCGCCCUUAAUUCAUCCAUGGUGUGGUACCAUGGGCAAGGCUGGCACCUUGGCCAUCAAUAAUACUGUUUUUUUUUAAAAAAAGGUUUUAAUCUGUUUGUUGACAUAAUUCAAAUUUGGGAAGGUGUGGUGUUCAGAGUUAGCUAUUUAAAAUUUUGAUGCUUGCCUUAUUUUUCUAAGUAAUUGAAAUCACAGAAUAUUUACUGUUCUAUUGAUGGAAAUGUUUUUCUAUUAAUGUGGUCCACAACUUUUACCAUGUAACUCACCAACCUGCACCUUUUUAAUAAAAAAAACAUAAUUCCACUUGUUUCGGAGAUGUCUGCCUAUUAGUCCUUUCCUGUCUCUUCUCAAUCUCCUUAUUUCUUGUAACUCUUGCCUUGAUCCAAUAAAAGCUUUUGUGAAAGGCCAAUAAAAUGCCAUGUUUAUACUUCCAAUUACUCCUGAAAGGAGUAGAACUGGGAUGUGAAUCUGGAAUCUCACUUUUUUCACUUUCAUUGAAACUGACACAUUUAAUUAUUGAAUUCCUUCACAUUGGCUUUUGGAGAUAUGUUAAUUGGUAUUAUUUCCUCUUGUGCAUUUUUGUAAAAUUACUUUUGAAGACUUUUGUGUUAGAACUUUGUUUUGAGAACUCGUGUUUGAUAUUUCUAAUGUCUAUUCGUGUUAUUUUGUUUAAAAGACAAUAGUUACCCUUUGAAAUUAUGUGUCUAUGUACCAAGUUUAAUAAAUAACUUAUUUUUACAGUC